ACAAAAAAAAGAUAAAAUAAAAAAGAAACCGGACACGAGCGACGCACCAACCUCUCCCUCCUCACCUCCCCCGAUGGCUAGCGCCUCCUCAGGCGGCGCGGGCGGCGGCGGCGGCGGCGGGCCCCACCCGUCAGCCUCCCCAUCCGCGGCGGGCGGUGUUCCGUCGUCGUCGUCGUCGGAGGCGUCGCUCGACGGUGGCUUCCUCCUCCGCAUCCUUCAAAACCCUCCUCCCCAGACGCGCCACCAAGCUCCCCCGCCGGUCGCCGCCGCCGCCGCCGCCGCCGCGGCCGGGCCGCAGCAGGUCUUCGUCGACCCCGCCGUCGCCGCGGUGGGGCCGGCCUUCCCCUCCGCCUCGCCGCAGCUGCAGCACGGCGGGGGCUUCGCGUGGCCCUCCCCGGCCUCUAAUCCGCAGCCGCAGCCGCAGCCGCAGCUCCGGUUUCCCGAUCCCCGCCUCGCGCAGCCGCUGGAUCCCUACGUGGUGCUCGGAUAUGGCGGCUCCGGUGCCGUGGAUGGGGUCGCCGGGAGCAGAGCGGUGAAGCCCAGGUCAGCGGCGCCGCCUCCCGGAUUCGCCAAGGCAUCCCAUCCGCCGUCUUCCUCCUCCCGUGAGACGUUGAAUGCGUUUGGUGGAAUGCACAACAGGGAGCAGAGGAGGGAGCCAAGCCACCAACAUCCGAGGGGUUUCGGUAGAUCGCUGGAGAAAGAGCAGCGGGUAGUGCAGCCUUCUGCGGGUGGCCAUGAAGCAUUAGGUGUAGCGCCCCCGCGAGAGCUGCAUACAAUGCAAACCACAGGUGGCCGUGAUAUGGCUGCUGGAACAAUGUACAGGGAACAUCAGCAGCGGCAGGAUCAUUUCUUGUCAAGGACGCCGCCUGAUGGGAAUGGCCCUGGACCGUUUGGUAGGAUGCCUCGUGGCGAGCAGCAUAUGCAUUCAGCUACAGGUGGUAGGAUGCACCAUGGAGAGCAGCAUAUGGCUCCUGUGGUCACCGGUGGCCGGUUGCCGCACAUGGGUCAACGGCCACAAGAUCACAGCUUGUCAAACUUGCCACGGAGAGAGCAGAGAUGGCAGGGGCAUGGAGAUUUGAAGGGCCACGCCUCUUUGAAGCCGCCCAAUACAAAUGUGCAUGGUAUGUUCAGUAUGAUGUCAGUGAAAGAACCGCACCAGGCGCCAAUGCCCACCAGCGGUUCAGUAGCUAUGGAUGUAAGGGAGGAUAGAGGCAAGAAGACGGUGGCAGAAGCCAAUGGUUUGGAGGAUGGUGUUGUUGGCGAAGUAGGCUUUGAGCACAUUGUUGAAGGAGGAGUAACUUUGGAGGCAAGGAAGUUUGAAGUUUCGUAUACGAAGAAUGACUUUAGGUCUAUUGGGCAGGAUGAGGAAGUGGAUGAUGGCAACAAGAAUGAUGAUGCUACAAUUGAGCAGCUGAUGGAGACUCUGGUGAUUGACGAUAAUGGUGAGGCCAAAAGCACGGUGGUGCAAAUAAAUGGUUCAAGGAGUAAGAACUUCAGAUCAGAUUCUAGAGGAAAAAAUGUAUCAAGCCAAAGUGUAAGAUUUCAGAGGAGAAUUAGGCCAUGUCGGUAUGACAUAGAUCAAUUUACACCUAGUUUUAUGUCAAUUUUUGAAUCUCUGGUGCCCUCGGAUGAAGAAAUUUCAAAGCAGAAGCAAUUGCUGGCAACACUGAGCAGAUUAAUAAAUAAGGAAUGGCCUAAUUCAAAACUUUACCUCUAUGGAUCGUGUGCUAAUUCAUUUGGUUUCUCAAAUAGUGAUAUUGAUCUUUGUCUGUCUAUUGACGAGAAGGAAAUGAGCAAGGUUGACAUUAUUUUGAAACUGGCACAUAUUCUCCAUGCUGGUAAUCUCCGGAAUAUUCAGGCAUUAACUCGGGCAAGGGUCCCAAUAGUGAAGCUUAUGGAUCCAAAUACAGGGCUAUCUUGUGACAUAUGUGUCAAUAACCUUUUAGCAGUUGUUAACACAAAACUUCUAAGAGAUUAUUCACGAAUUGAUAAAAGGUUACGGCCAUUAGCAUUCAUUGUGAAGCAUUGGGCUAAAUCUCGGUGUGUAAAUGAAACUUACCAAGGAACACUUUCUAGUUAUGCCUAUGUGAUAAUGUGCAUCCACUACUUACAGUCACAGAGAAUACUCCCAUGUCUACAGGAAAUGGAGCCGACCUAUUAUGUCACUGUUGAUAAUAAUAUUUGUGCAUACUUUGAUCAAGUGGACAAAUUAAAUGGCUUUGGUGCUCAAUGCAAAGACACUUUAUCAAGGUUGCUUUGGGGCUUUUUUCGUUACUGGGCAUAUGCCCAUAAUUACACAAAGGAUGUAAUAUCAAUUCGGACUGGAAGAACCAUUAGUAAGAAUAUGAAGGAUUGGACAAGAAGAAUUGGAAAUGACAGGCAUCUCAUUUGCAUUGAAGAUCCUUUUGAGACCUCCCAUGAUCUUGGUCGUGUUGUUGACAAUAGAUCGAUCUGGGCACUCCGAGAGGAAUUUGAGCGAGCUGCGGAGAUAUUGCACCUUGACCCAAACCCCAGCAUCACACUUUUUGAGCCUUAUGUGCCCUCUGAAGCUGAAACAUGAUACCACAAAAUCAUCAUCAUCAUGUUCUGCUGUGUCAAGAAGCCCUUCAGUUCCAAAGGAAUCUUGUCAAAGCUUAUGUCGUACUAUGUGCAUAGCUUAGCUGUACCAUGUAUACUUAAGUUGUAAAGUAACUAGGGGCCUCAGCAGUAGGUGGUGACAGCAUGCUUCUGCUAAGUGGUAAUUGGGGGAAGCCAGCAAUAUUUAAUCAGAUUUCUAGUGCUAUCAAUUCUUAUUUAGAAAGGGAGAUGUUUGAACUAGACACUACUGUCCGAUAUUUCAUGAUAGUUUAGCGUGCAGUAGUUUUUUUCCCUAAUGAGAAGAAUAAUAAAGUUGCUUUAAGCCCACCA